AUGUUUUUGAAGGCGGGUAGAGGGAAAAAAAUAACAACAGCGAGCGUAGAUGGGCUUGGCUGUGUCGUUAUGGAGCCCCCUUUGAGCAAGAGGAACCCGACACUGAGAUUAGCGGAUUUGGCAGCGGCUCAGCCCCAUCCUCACCAGAACAUGACAGGCUUCCCGGGGCUGGGGAACCACCACGUCCACCCCCACCACGCGGCCCACCUCCACCCCGGGGACGCGGGCGGCGACCCCGGCGGCGCCCUCACGCCGCUCGGACCCGAGCACAUGGCGCAGCCCGCCGCCCUCAAGCUCACGCCCGAGGCGCUCACCGCCGCCGCCGCCGCCUUCGCCGCGCCCGCCGCCACCACCGCCGCCGCCGCCACCGCCGCCGCCGCCGCCACCACCGCCGCCGCCUACGCGCCGCCCGCCGCCGCCCUCCCGGGCUACCCGUCGGGGGGGGCGGCGGGCCGGGACUUCCUCCUGCGGCGGGAGCUGCCCGCAGCCGCCGCCGCCGUGCACGGGGCGCUGGCCGAGCAGCACCCGCCCGCCGGCUCCCCCCACCUCCCGCACCCGCCGCCCCACGGCGUCUUCAUCUCGGCCGCCGGCACCUACGGCGCGGCGGACGGGGCGCACGCCGCCUUCCCGCCGCCGCCGCCCGGCGAGCAGGGCGCGGCCGCCGGCCGCCACCCGCCGCUCAACGGGCAGAUGCGCCUGGGGCUGGCGGCCGCCGCCGGGGAGCUCUACGGGCGCGCCGAGGCGCACUACGGGGCCGCCGCCGCCUCCUCCUCGGCGCUGCAAGGCUACGGCUCCGUCAACCUCAGCCUGGCGGCGGCGGCGGCGGCCGGCCACGGGCACCCGCACCACCCCCAUCCCCACCACCACCACCAUCACCACCACCACCACCAUGCCCACGUCGGGGCGGCGGCGGCGGCCGGGGCCUUCCUGCGGUACAUGCGGCAGCCCAUCAAGCAAGAGCUGAUCUGCAAGUGGAUCGACCGGGAGCCGCCUCCUCCUCCUCCGCCGCCGCCGCCGCCACCGGGCGGUAGGAAGCCCUGCUCCAAAACUUUCAGCACGAUGCAGGAGCUGGUGAGCCAUGUCACCGUGGAGCACGUCGGCGGGCCCGAGCAGAGCAGCCACGUGUGCUACUGGGAGGAGUGUCCCCGGGAAGGCAAGCCCUUCAAAGCGAAAUACAAACUCAUCAACCACAUCCGAGUGCACACGGGAGAGAAGCCCUUCCCCUGCCCCUUCCCCGGCUGCGGGAAGGUCUUCGCCCGCUCCGAAAACCUCAAGAUCCACAAGCGGACUCAUACAGGGGAGAAGCCCUUCAAGUGCGAGUUCGACGGCUGCGAGAGGAAGUUCGCCAACAGCAGCGACCGCAAGAAGCACUCCCACGUCCACACCUCCGACAAGCCCUACUACUGCAAGAUCCGCGGCUGCGACAAGUCCUAC